AUGAGCGCUUUUGACAGGGUUGGUUUAUUGUUUUUUUUUUUGUUUUUUUGAAAACAUAAAUCAAAAUAAUUGAAAUCAAAUUUUGUGAUUUAAGGUCAAAGCGCAAGUCGCAAGUGAUUCAAAAUGGCAAUCAAAACCAUAUCGAGGUUUUGUUGGAGGAACUCCCAGUUCAACUUAUAUUGAUGUUGUUUCAACUGCGUAAGUUAUUUUUUUUAAUUGAAAACUUGUAGAAUGAAAUUUUUCCGGCAAAGUUUUUCAAAAAUCAAUAUUUUUUUAAAGAUUCGAAGAUGCAACAAAUACAAUGAAUUUUGCCAAACAUUCGAAAUACGAUGAAAUGUAUUCACCUUAUUUAGGAACUUUUCGACAACGCGAUAAUUAUACAUCGAUUGCACCAAGUUUGUGUAUAACUCCAACGUUGGUGUUUCUUUUUUUUUUGAAUUUUCAUAAUUUAUAUUUUUCAGAAAUCGUUCGAUUCAUUAUGAUUUAUCUCCACAUAAAUCAUACAGUCCAAGACAAGCUGAAUGGUUAUUGGAAAAGGAUAAGAAAUACAGGUGAAUUAGACAAGGAAUGACAGAAUAAAAAAUGUGAAAAUUUGCAGAGUUCGAUCUUCUCGAAAUCAUUUGAAUAUUUCGAAUCCAGUCGAACCAAAUCUUCCACCAUUGACACGUCGAACAUAUGUUGUGCCGACUGACACACUCAGGUUUGUUUUUAUUUAUUUUUAUUUUUGGUUUUUUGCGAACUCGUGGGAAGAUGAGUUGAGUUGUUUUUCUCUGCACAUGUCAAAAAAUCAAUUGGUCAAUGAAGAUUGUUUAUUCAAUUUCCCAAACAAUUUCAAACUCGAAUUGGAUUCCUGCAACAGAAAUUUUCGAAACAAAAAAAUGAUCUAGAACUUUUUGAAGAAAUUUUCAUCACCAAAAUACAAACAGAAAACCGAUUAUGAUUUAGACACCAAAAUCAAAUGCUUUAUUGGAAUGGUCGUGCACUUGGUCUUGAUUACGUUGCACCGUUUUUACGCAGAGAAUCGAAUCAAAAAGAGGAAGAUCGAAGAUAUCAACGUAUUUUCUGGAGUCCCGAAUUCAUUGAUCUUCUUCCAUCUUGUCGUCAUUCAGCUCACCUAAUGCUUUCAGCUUAUUAA